GGGGGCUGGAUAUUUACAUUUGUCUAAAAGAAAUCAAUAUGGAAAAGAGCCACCAAGGGGAAUUAAACAGAAAGAGACCAGGGAAUCCUUGAGCUGAGGAUCACCAGGGCCUGGGACAGUAGUGGGGAAGCAGUGGGCUCACGUCUGCUUAUUCUUACCACUUUUUGCUGGGCAUCUGCUAUCAGUCACCAUUAGCAACAGGAUAAUGACCCAGUACUGACAGCAUCCAUCAUGAGCUCUGGAAAGAGUUGGCGUCAGUCCCCUGCUCAGCCACACACUUUCUGUGUAACCUCAUUUUCCUUCCUUCAGGGGAAAAGAGAAACGGGAGCAUUUCCCACCCUCCCACAGGGUUGAAACCCGCUUACGUUUGUUUUGGGAAGUGCUUAGAAGUGCAGGGGGGUGUGUUGGUGUCCGGCGUUGCCAGGGAGCCGGGCUCUGUUGACGGACUCAGAGUCGUGGUGGCCGGGGAGCCAUGGCCCCGCGGGGGGUGACGGUGGCGGUGACAGUGGUGGGGCUGCUCCAGGACACGGCUUUCCACGUGGCCAAGUGCGCGGCAGAGGCUCUGAAGCUGAAAUUUCCAAGCAAGUUUGCAGAUCCUGUAAUACAGCCUUUAGUAGAAUUUGCAUGGCAUGAAUAUUUACAAGAGAAAAAGAAGGAACUGAGAGGCGAGGUGUGGGCAUAUGCCUCCUCGGUGAUGUGCUUCCUUGAUGGGCAGCUGCUGGGGGACGAGAAGGAGCUGCUCAAGUGGUCUUCCCGUGAGUGGGACUAUCGUGACUUUAAGCCCAAGGCACUUUACCAAGCGAUUGCUGAGGAUUUCUACAGCAAAUACCUGAAAAACACCCAGCACGUGUUUGUGUACCUGGAGAUAUCCAUUGAGGAACAGCCUGUUGGGAGGCUGCUCUUGGAGCUCUUUUCGGACGCAUGUCCCAGGACCUGUGAGAAUUUCCGUGCCCUGUGCACUGGAGGAGCAAAGUCUCUUCGUGACGGCCGAGAGCUCACCUACAAAAACUCCCUUUUUCAUCGUGUAGUGAAAAACGGGUGGAUCCAAGGAGGAGACAUCAUAACUGGAAGGGGAGAUGAAGGAGAGUCAAUUUAUGGUCCCACUUUUGAAGAUGAAAGCUUCUCUGUCCAUCACAAGGGAAGAGGAGUCCUUGGGAUGGCCAACAAGGGCCGCCACAGCAACGGCUCACAGUUCUACAUCACCCUCCAGCCAGCUCCCUACCUGGACAAAAAAUAUGUGGCUUUUGGGCAACUGAUCGAGGGCACGGAGGUCCUCCAGAGACUGGAAGCCGUACCUACAUUUAACGAAAGGCCUACAGUAGCCUGCAAGAUUAUUGACUGUGGGACUUUUGAGCCAUGAUCCCCAGCUGGUUUUCCUGCCUGCUGUAAGGUAGAGCACUAUUUUCCACUCAGCUUUUUACUGAUCCUGAUGGCUUUCACUUAAGACAAAAAUAAAAGCACUUCUUGCACACA